UUCCCGGUCAGCCUCCCAGCUGUGCUUUGCUGUGAUUUUCCUCCUCUUCUUCUCCUCCUCUUCCUCCGGUACUCCCGGGCCGGGCCUCCCGCCGCUGUCUCCGGUUAAAGAUGGAGCUCCGGUCGCUCCUCCCGGCUCUGCUGCUCCUCUCCGCCGCCUGCCUGCUAUCGGUGUCCGGCGCGGCUUCACGGACGGGACCGAAAGUCACCGAGAAGGUGUUUUUUGACAUCACAGUAGCGGGUCAUGAGGUGGGGCGCAUCGUCAUCGGCCUUUUUGGGGAGGUCGUCCCACUAACUGUCAAUAACUUUGUCGCCCUGGCAACCGGAGAGAAAGGUUACGGCUACAAGGGGACAAAGUUUCACCGAGUCAUUAAGGACUUCAUGAUCCAGGGAGGAGACUUCACAGCGGGAGACGGGACUGGAGGUCACAGCAUCUACGGAACGACUUUUGCAGAUGAAAACUUCAAACUGAAGCAUUUGGGAGCGGGCUGG